UAGCGGAACCUCCCCAAGCACCACCACGACCGGAGAGAGCACCACGACUCCUGCCUUGCCUACAACUGGCACGUCAGGUAGUGCGAGUGCUGUUCUUGUAGGAGGGGCUCUUUCAGACAGUACUUCAACUUCUGCUGCUGCAGGUGGAGCCCCAGGUGGAACUACUGCAUCUUCUACCUCCAAGGUAGUUGUAGUUGGGUCGGUACGGGAACAGCCAGCAGUGAGUCAAUCAGUGAAUGCCGGACCGCAGAAAGUUAAGGCUUCCCCUAAUUAUCCAUGAUCUCAGAGGUGACAUCGUCCUGAGGACACACAGGGCUUCCUUUCCAAGGGAAAAAGGUCCUCAGGGUUGAUCUUGUCUGAGAUGGAAGAUACGGGCGAGCUCUAAGAAGGAAAAAGAUAGCGGCGACAUCGCGUCUCUAAAGGGACAACAAGGAAAACAAGUAGAUGAAUGGGUUACGGUUGAUAAAAAAUCGAAGAAACACCGAACUCAACAAAUUACUUCUGCCUCACCGGGAGGAGCUGUAGCAACUAGUACAACCAGCACAUCUGCUCUUGCUUCUAGCGUUCCAGCACCAAUUCAAAAUGUCAAUCUUAAAACAACCACUGCGCCAUCUACUUCAGGUUCAGCAACAACUGCUAGUACGAACGCUGCCUCCAUAAAUCUAGGCAGUUCAACCCCAGGAGCGCCACACGUAAGCCCAUCUUCCUCAGGCGGAAGUGGUGCUCCGGGUAUAACGUGGGCCGAGCGGGUAGCUGGCUCUACUCCAUCUGCUGAGAGUGAGAAGAAGGCCAAGAAGGCGCCAUGGAAUAAGCAACCACCCACAACUAGUACCACAGCUUCUAGGUCUGCUGCUGCUGGAGGGCCACAUUCGGCGCCCACACCACGUGGUGCAGUUACGACAUUAUCUGCGUCGUCUGCUACUGGUGCGUCUGCUUCCACUGCUGCAUCUGCCUCAACGUCCACCGCUGCUCAACCCAAAACACAGAGUCUAGUAGACGAAUUAGUUAGCUCAGUGGAAGUAGCAACACCUAAAACUCAGACCGGUGGCGCCACAACCACUACUAUUGCCUCAAUUGCGAGCGCUGGUCCGGACUUCGCUUCUUCCGGUACUCAGUCUCAGACUGCUGCAGCAGGCACAACUUCUGCACCUAGCGCUGACCAUUCGGCUCCCUCCGCAUCAACAUCCACCAGUGGCCUCCAUGCAUCAUUUGCUUCUCAUGCCCAAGCGACUCAAGGAGGUAGUAGUGCUGCUAGUGGUCUCAAAAAGGCUCCGGUGACCGCAUCUUAUUCUAGUGCUUCUUCCAGCAUCGGAGGAGCUGUGACAUCAGGUUCCACUCCUAGUGCAGCUGGAGCCCCCACUGACAUUAUCAACGCGCUCAACACGAACCCCAGUGCAGCUGCCGCAACUUCUGCACCUAGCGCUGCCUCAACCCCCUUGGACCAUUCGGCUCCCUCCGCAUCAACUGCUAAGACGGUGACAGCGACUGGUCUGCCAUCGGCCCAGACCCCAAAGGGCAAUCUGCCUCCACCUAAGAAAGCGGGUGGACGCAGCUUCGCUCCAUGGGCAGCGGCUGCGGUUGUGACAAAGGUGGAGCAACCGGAAAUGAGUCUCCUGGUGGUUCCGAACAACAAGUCUAGUCAAACUGCUGCAUCGACUCCCUCAACAUCAACAUCCAAGAAUGUUGUAGCAGAGGCCCUCAAGCCGACAGAGCAGGCCCUCAAGCCGACAGAGGCACUCAAUGCGAUUGGGAAAAUUGCGACGCCAAAAACGUUACCCUCUUCUUCCAGCGAGAAGACGAGUUCUUCAACAAAUAAUGCUCCUGGAGGUAGUGCUAGUGGCAACAAUACUUCUACUAGUACUAGAAGUAAUGGUGCAGCAGUAGAAGAACAGCAACACGUUGGUGCAGCUCAUUCGGUAACGACUCCUUCUGCUAGCGUUUCUUCAACGUCGGCUAUGGCCAAUGCCAACAAACUGCGAGAAGAGAUGAGACAACAGCAAGCCGAACUAGCCGAACGCUUGAUUAAGACUCAUUUCCCAAUUUUCUCAAUAAUAUUUCCUAACUGCAAUUCGAAUUCCAAGAAUGUUGAUCCUCAUUUCUCUUUGUUUCAACAAUGAAGCAAUCAACUUCUAACUCAAAACGUGAGGCUGAGGAACGGCUGGCACAGGAGAAAGAGGCAGAGCGUAAGAGGAAGGAGGAAAUGCAGAGAAAACGAGAAGAGGAGGUUAAGCAAGCCCUCAAGGAAGACAAUUUCCCUACUCUAGGAGGAAUGAAGCCAGCAGCAGCACCAAAGCCACCCACAGCAGCACCAAAAGGAGCGUGGGGAAAACCGAAGGUAAAUAAAGAUAUCAUUGAGGAAGUGUAGAAGGUCAUGUGAUGUAUCCGCUAUUGUGUAAAAAAACACAUCAUUACCUGGUGUUCCUAUGAACAACAUGAAGUUAAUGUGUAUGUCAGAUAGAUCUAGACCACGGUGAACUUGAACAUGAGCACACAUCAAAGAUGAAGAUUGCAUUGUUGUUGUUGCCUAUUAAAUACAAAAAAGAUGGAAGUAAUAAUUUUGACUCAUUUUCUUUCGAAGCGAAAUUCUGUUAUGUUUGAACUUCCACAGGAUUGGUCCAAGAUCGAUGAAGAAAAAGCCAAGAAGCAGGCAGAGGAAAGAGCAGCAGCUGAGAAAGCAGCCGCGGAAAAAGCCGAACAAGGAAGGCUAGCUGCAGAAAGAGCAGCCGCCGAGAAAGCAGCGGCCGAGCAGGCAGCUGCCGAAGAGAAGGCUAGAGCGGAAGAAGAAGCGAGGGCAGAAAAGGCAGCGGCUGAAGAGAAGGCGAAGGCAGAGAAGGCUGCUGCAGAAAAGGCCGAGAGGGACAGGAUAGCGGCGGAAAAAGCCGCAGCGAAAGCCGCUGCGGAAAAGGCAGCUGCUGAAAAAGCUGCUGCUGAAAAAGCUGAGCGGGAAAGGAUAGAGAAGGCUGAGGCUGCUGCGAAGGCCGCCGCUGCCAAAAAGAAGGCAGAAGAAGAAGCAGCAGCAGCUGCAAAAGCUGAGAAAGAAGCACAAGCAGCUGCUGAGAAGGAGAGAAUAGCCGCCGCAGAAAAAGCUGCCGCAGAAAAAGCCGCCGCAGCAAAAGCUGCCGCAGAAAAAGCUGCCGCAGAAAAAGCAGCUGCCGAGGAAGCAGCUGCCGAGAAAGCUGAGAAGGAAAGAAUAGCUGCCGCCGAAAAAGCUGCAGCCGCCGAAAAGGCACACGCAGAAGAACAACAAAGGAGAGAGG